CCAUAGCGACAGAAGUUGUAAGCAGUUGGGAAUCUUUGUGUAAAAAAACUACGUUUCUUCAUUUUCUACCACUCAAAAGUCCAUCAAUAUUACUGUGGUUGAUCCAAAAAGGUAUUCCAGCGCAACAUCUGACCAUCCUGAGUGAUCAUCGACGGAAAUCCAGCAUCAUUGACCUGUUCACGAGCUGAAAAAGGUCAUCUGACGUAGGCAAGACAAGAAGCGCGCAGGAAAGAUGGCAACAACACCUCGAGGUGGCGGAGCGACGGCACAGCGCCCCAAUGGAGCCACUCAGGGCAGAAUAUGCCAAUUCAAGCUGGUGCUGCUCGGCGAAUCGGCGGUGGGCAAGUCGUCGCUGGUGCUGCGCUUUGUCAAGGGACAAUUCCAUGAGUACCAGGAGAGCACGAUUGGGGCGGCAUUUCUCACACAGACCGUCUGCAUUGAUGAGACCACUGUGAAGUUUGAAAUUUGGGACACUGCUGGCCAGGAGAGAUAUCACAGUUUAGCGCCCAUGUAUUAUCGCGGUGCCCAAGCGGCAAUUGUAGUUUAUGACAUUCAGAAUCAGGACAGUUUUCAGCGGGCGAAGACUUGGGUUAAGGAACUUCAGCGACAGGCGUCACCAAAUAUCGUAAUAGCUUUGGCUGGAAACAAGGCUGAUCUAUCCAACAGUCGAGUUGUUGAGUACGAGGAGGCGAAACAGUAUGCUGACGAGAAUGGAUUGCUCUUCAUGGAGACGUCCGCCAAGACGGCGAUGAAUGUGAAUGAUAUAUUUCUGGCCAUUGCCAAGAAACUCCCCAAAAAUGAAGGAGCUGGACCGCAAGCUGGUGGACAAGGUCGGAGAUUAGAACAGAAUGAACAAAGCAGACAGUCGUCUAACUGCUGCAAGUGAUGUCAUUUUGCAGAUAUUAUGGAGGACAGAAUUUUGGGUAUUUUAAAAACUACACACGAACAACAGCAGCAGCUAAUGAAUCUACAACUACUUCAGAAUAUAUUUCUUAUAGUGUGUUUUGGAUGGGACCGAAAGACAAAGCUUGUGGCGGUUCAAUAAGGCGGGAGAGAGAUCAAAUUGAUAUAUAAUUUUUCUAAUUCAGUGGUGAAAAGAGGGGAAAGUGUGUAUAAUUAUGUUGUGUAGAUUUCUUGGACAUCCAACACACAGUGAAAUUCAUGUACAGAUUUUGGCUUUUGCAUAGGGAUUUAAUAGGAAUGUUUCUAUGCGUAGAAAAUCUCUUUUAUUUACUCACAAUAUUCUUAGCAUGUUCUUUUGAAAUGGCCACAGAUGAAAAAGAAAAAGUUGUAUAAAGAGGAUGUCAAGAUUAAGGGUUUUCUCGGUUUAUUUCUUCUCACUGUGUCGAUGUUUGAAAAGGAGUUGAAAGAUAAACUGUGUCUGUUUUUAAUGUACUCAAAAGAGAGUGUGAGAGAGAGAGAGAGAGUAAUAAUAUGAUUUUGUACAAUAACACCUUCAAAUGAUUCAUGGAAUUUUUUAUUGUCUAUCAGAGAAGCAAGAGUUUGAAAUAGCAUUGAUGAGAAAUUAGAUUGAUAGAAUUGAUAUAAAAAAAAGAACAUUAUAAGACACAUUCCAAACAUUAUGCUGUUGCUGUUUGCAGUUGAAAUUUUACUGAAAGUAAUGGUGAAGAAAAAUAGCAAAGAAGAAUCAUACAACAGAAAACCUAAUAAGAAGAUGCAAAAAAUGUUAAUGUGAAAAUGAUUGAAAAAUUAUCUAUACUAUAGAUUAUUUUCCGGGACGUUUCACAAACACACACACACACACCCACACACGCAGAGAAAAUAGACACACAUACAGUAAAUUGUGAACUCAUACUACACAUUAUUAUUACCUUGUUUUUUUGCCUCUUAUUGUUUCUUUCAAUUACGAAGCAAAGUGUGUCGCAAUUCAUUUACGACGUCUCUUCAUAGGUGAGAAAUAAAUCCAUUUGCAAUUGUGUAUUGAGUGGUUUUCUUUGGCAAAAAGGAAACUAUCUAGAUGGAGUGUCGAGGGUCGAGGGCAAUGUAAGCAUGGAAUUAUUGAAUUGAAUGCAAGGAAAACGCCAGAGUGAUAAUGAAUGAUUUAAAAAAAGUAAAACUAAGACAAAAAUGCAAUUGCAUGUAAUUAAUUCUUACUAGGGGAAAAUGAGCGGAGAUUCUUGAAUUCUUGGGAUAAAAAUUAUACAGAUUAUUAGUUGAAGAUUAGCGGAAAAGUGACAGUCAUCGAGAUAAAUUGGAUAAUGGAAUUAUAAAAAUGAGAGAAAAAAAAGUAUUCGAUCAAUAAAUGUGAAGACAAGACAAAAAAAAGGAGAAAACAAAAGUUGAAAAAAAAUCUUUGUAAUAAGCGAGAAAAUUUAAUUAGAAAAUAAAAUUUUAUAUAUAAAAAAAAGAAGAAUUAUGAGAAAAGAUGAAAAAUAUUCCUACUUUUAAAAGAAUAUUGCAAAAUGAGAAAUGCAUUAAAUGUAAUAAUUAAAAAGAUUAUAAUCCAGAGAGAAGGGAGAAAUUUGGUGUUUAUUCUUUGUUUUUUCUUUUUCUUUUGUAUAAAUUUAUUCCUAGAUUCAGAGAUUAAUUGUCUCUGAAGAAAACACUUGUUACAAAUUAUCAUUUUAUUUAGUCUUUUUCCUUUUUGUCAAAUAUAUAUAUUGAAGACGAAAAAAAAUCAAAUAAAUUUGUCAGCUUCAUCAAAUUUCAUGCACUUUGAUUUUACAAAUGCAUUUUUAUACCCAACUUUCCUCCAAAAAAUAUUACAUGUAUAAUCCUUAAAUGGUGAAAAAUGCAAUUUUUGUCACAUCAAUCACUUUUUCACACAAUUUUUGGGUCGCGCGAAAAGGAAAUUUUGAGGCAAAAUUGUUAAUUAUUCGAGCAGAAACUGAUGAAAAGAGCUAAAAAUUAUUGGGCUUAUUGUUGUCUAACACGAGUGAAAAAAAGAGAAGAAUUGGGAGUCAAAACAAUAAAAAAAAAUUCAUACCCGAAAAACAAUCAUGAUAUCAAGCAGUGUAUAAAAUUAAGUUUUUUCAGCGAAAGAGGAAGAAAUCUGUAAAUUUUCACAAUAUAUUAUUUUACCUUUUACUUUAGUGAAGAAAACGAGAGAAAAUGAAAAAAAUCUAUCAGUGAAUACUUUUUAAUUUGAUUAAAAAAGAAAACGAUGAAACAUUGAGAGAAAGUGAAUAGUUAAUAAUUGGGGCGGAUUACUAAUGAAUAGAAUUGGAAUAAAAUUAUUCACUAUUUACACGCAAGAUGAAAAAAAAAAAAAUGAAACCAACCCAUUUAAAGUACUAUUAUUAUAAUUAUUACAUGAAAAAAAAAGUGCAGAGGAACUAUUAUGUAAUUAAUAUGAUUUUAGAUAAAGAAUAAAAGAAAAUAAUUGUAA